AUGACUAUACCGGUUGCUAAACCGUGUGAUGAUGGAAUUGGGGUCACUCCUCCGGACAAUCCGUACUUUUUCGGAGAUAUUCCGGAUGGAGGGAUCGAGCUAACACCUGAAGUGGAAAUCGAGCAAGAUCCGAGAAUUCUCUUGUCUGCUCAACUACGCAACUGUUUGUAUGUAACUAACGAGAGUCAUUUCGAGACUAAUGUACCGGAGGCUGUCUACAAAGACUUGAUUGCUCGCUCUGUUCAGUGGAAGGACUACGUAGAACAAGGCGGAUGGAAAAACUUCAACAGUACGACUCAAAUGAUUGCCAAGAUGGUCGCCGAGAGCAUCAAGCAGGAGUACAACACAUUGGCCCGUAUCGGUCAAGAAGACAAGUGUAUGUUUGCGAUGGAAAAGAUUGCAUUGCACCUGCGCGAUCUUAUUCGAAUGGAAACAUUCUUUUCCAGUCUCUGCCAAUAA